GAAAUAAUUAUCCGACAAACCUCGAUAUCUCGGAAUGUUUGGAGCUCGUCUCAGGAAUCUUCUGAUUCGAAUUGCUCCCCUUUAACCUCUUAAGGUAAUUUUUCUCAUCAACCGACUGUGACUCCUUGCCUGUUUUCCCAAUGGCCCCACGAUUCAUUAUAACCCCGGGACUCGAUGAUUUAACAGUGAAUAUUGAAUGCCUCUUUCCACGCCCUGUUAUUUUUUUUUUCAAUUCCCCAACUCGUUUUCUGAGAGUAAUAUCCGGGGUAGAGCGUCGUCGGCAGACCGGCUGACAACUCCUGAAUAUCGAUGAAAAACCGAUGAAAAUAACGGGUGGCACAAGUGCCAAAAUACCCUCCCUUCUAUUUAAAACCCAAAAAUUCCUGUAAAAAUCCAGUCCAACGGGUGCGUGAAAUUCUUCCUACGACUUUUCAGGAGAGUAAAAAGUACGUCCUAAAACCCCCAGCACGCAACACAUACACACACACACACCCACAUACACCAAAGGACCACAAAAUGACGCCGUGUAAUGCCGCCUAUCGGUUCACCGUAAAUACUACAGUGUUAGUACAAUGAAUCCUCGUAUUUUUAUCAAUUUCUCCCUCCCAAGCUUCACCUAAUUUAUGUAACAAAACAAAAAACGUGCUCAUCACCUUCUCCCGCACCUAAAAUACCAACAAUAAUCAAACCAAUGAACAAUAAACUGGAUCAUAAGGAAUAAUUACCGGUGUCGUAUCCAGGCACACUGCGACUCUCUCUUGGGACUUUUUCUUGUUACACUAAUUAAAGCGUAAGAGUAUCUCCACUGUUUUUAGAUUUUUAGCCCCUGCAUGCGGGAGUCUCUGGCUUUUUUUUUUCACAGAACAGACACGCGCCCUCGUCUACACCGUCGGAUAACGUAAACGCUUCCCAUUCAAGUGUGACGAUAAAUAAAGAGAGAUAAAUGGAUGUUUAGAUGUGGGGGAUGAGGUAAUGGGGGGUCGGGGUGGACGACAUUCUGGGAAUAUUUCGAUGGAAGGGGGAAUUAUUGGGAAUUUAUUGGCUUACGUUGACUUACAUUUACUGAUGGUUAUGUUGGCAGAAGCUAUGUGAAAUUUUAUUCUCUUUGUUUAUUUCAAUGUCGUCCAUCUAUUCGGUAGGUGUCAUUUCUGGGAAUUGUGUGGGUUGAGACUGUCCAAGAUUCUGAGGAAGUUAUUCAAUGAGUUGGCGGGCUGGGCUAGUGACAAAUAUGGCGGUCCUAGGAACUCCGACGUUCGAGGUUGCGUUCAGUGAAUUGAUUUCGUCCGGUGAUUUCUCUGUGAAUUUAUCGCAUUUAUCGCAAACAUGAAAAAAUAUUAAAAAUCGGAGGUUAGUUUGAUCAUUUCGACUGUAAUUCACUCCGAGUCGUAUGAUUAGUGCAAUAAAUUAAUUAAUGUAUGUAAUUAAUGAUAAAUAGGAUAGGUUUAGGGUGUGGAAUAGUUUUGGUACAGAGAAUUGCAGUGAAUAUUUUUGUGGAUUUUUCUGGAGCUGAGGAAAGCCGACUGUAAAUAAAUCAUGGCCCUUCACAGUGUUCCUCCAAAACGAAAGGAAAUAUACAAAUAUGAGGCACCAUGGCCUCUUUACAGUAUGAAUUGGUCCGUGAGACCUGAUAAGAGGUUUAGGUUGGCCCUUGGAAGUUUUGUCGAGGAAUACAACAACAAAGUGCAGAUUGUUUCACUCGAUGAGGAAACGUCUGAGUUCAGUGCCAAAAGCACAUUCGAUCAUCCUUAUCCCACCACGAAGAUCAUGUGGAUUCCGGACAGUAAAGGACUAUUUCCCGAUCUUCUCGCCACAUCUGGAGACUAUCUUCGAGUGUGGCGAGCAGCAGAGCCAGAGACUCGUCUCGAAUGCGUUCUAAAUAACAACAAAAAUUCGGAUUUCUGUGCUCCUCUGACUUCCUUCGACUGGAACGAGGUGGAUCCUAAUUUAAUAGGCACCUCCAGCAUCGACACAACCUGUACUAUCUGGGGAUUGGAGACUGGUCAGGUUCUGGGACGUGUGAACAUGGUGACGGGACACGUCAAGACUCAGCUGAUUGCCCAUGACAAGGAGGUGUACGAUAUUGCGUUCAGUCGAGCUGGAGGUGGACGUGACAUGUUUGCAUCUGUUGGAGCUGAUGGCUCUGUCAGGAUGUUUGAUCUUCGUCACCUGGAGCAUUCCACUAUUAUUUAUGAAGAUCCUCAGCACACACCGCUUUUGAGACUCGCCUGGAAUAAACAGGAUCCAAAUUAUCUCGCCACCGUUGCCAUGGACGCCUGUGAAGUCAUCAUCUUGGAUGUCAGGGUGCCCUGCACUCCUGUCGCCAGAUUAAAUAAUCACAGGGCGAGUGUUAAUGGCAUCGCCUGGGCACCUCAUUCCUCUUGCCACAUCUGCACAGCUGGGGACGAUCACCAGGCGCUUAUUUGGGACAUCCAGCAGAUGCCAAGGGCCAUCGAAGAUCCUAUUCUCGCGUACACUGCAGCUGAAGGCGAAGUCAAUCAAAUACAAUGGGGGGCAACUCAACCUGAUUGGAUCGCCAUUUGCUAUAAUAAAGCUGCAGAAAUUCUGCGAGUUUAAUCAUGAAUGUUAUUACUCUGUGAGAUCUCAAUUGACGAUUCUCAUCAUCGAGGCGGCUAGGUCCUGUAAAAACCAUUUCUAUAAUAAAUUAUAGACUGAUAGGUUUAUACGUAUAACGUUUAUACAAACUGAUCAGUGAAAAUGCGUCAUCGGUGAGUGUUUUUGAGAACUUGAGUGAAACAAGCCCCAUUAUCCCUUAUUUCUCCUUUCAUCGUUCAUCUUCCAUCGUCCACGUUUAUUGAAGAACUUCCCGUCAACAAAUACUUAUUUCAUAAUUAACGAGAAGAAUUUUCUCAGUGAAUCUCGUGAUCGAAUUUUCUUCAAUACCAAAACUCAUAUUUAUAUCGAUUAUUCUUCACAUGUGAAACGAGAAUCGAACGUACUCCGUAGAAUAAAUGACGAUUAAAUUAUCAAUCAUUCAUUACCUGGAGUGUUCGAUUGAUUGAGUAAUUAAUUCAACUGACAAAAUUAUCCCACAAUUGAGUGACAAAAAAAAUUGUAAAUAAUGUUAAUAUUUCCUUUCUUUCCAUUUAAAUUUAUGACGAGACAAUUAAUUAUAGAUUUUAAUCUCCUUUGAAAAAUGGUAUCUGAGAUACCGGUGAUUUGGUUGAGCACGUCAGUAUUUUUAAUUAAAUUUGAUAUGUUGAUUAAAUGUAAACGUAGAUUAAGGGUAGGUAGAGUAAUUUUUAAAACAUGAAGACGCAAUAAAUGAAUAUCAAGU